CACUUCCCGCCUUCAUAUUUGAUUUUAGAAUUCAUUUUGCUGUCUUUCUAAAUUGGGGUAGGCCGUUAUUAAGAUAUGUUUCAGUUUGUUUAUUACCUUCUGCUAGAUUUGUAUGCACUAAAUGAAAAAAAUUGAUAUUGACACAUACGUAAUCCGAACAGCAAAACAGAAAAGACGAAGGGGUGCUUUGACAUGGUCAUGGUUCCUUAUUUUAUUUAUUUUUUCAUUUUGUUUCAUUAUCAUUUUAUUUUAUAUAUUAGUAUUCUAUUAUAUUGUUCUGUUCUUGUAAUAUUCCAUGUCAUUACGUUGCAUUCCAUUAUUUUCAUACCACUCCAUUCUGUUUUAACUCUCAGGCAGAGACAACCAAGGGAGAGAAUUCAUUAUCGGUUUCAUUGACAACAAACCGACCGGAAAUCCUCUUGACUUGGAAAUUUCAUUACAACCAUAUCCAACUUACCGUGCAUUGUCAACGUCACGACGCCCGGAUACAACGAUUCGUUCUUCGUACAUCUCGAAGUCGCUCGGCGCACCAUUCAAAAGAUAACUCUUCCCAGUGGCAUGCGAGGCACGGGAACCUCUAAAGAACGGAAGGCUAUCUGGAUUCGUGCCACAGGGGAGAUAACUGUGUACGCCGAUAAUAAACAGACGUACUCCACCGACGCUUUUGUAGCUCUGCCAGUCGAUAUCCUGGGAAGGGAAUAUUACGCAAUCACGUACAAGACUCACCCCGAAAUAAUGAUCGUUGGGAUUGAAGAUGAAACAAAUGUUAUCAUUACCUUUCCCAUCGGGGCUACGUUACCCAUUUCUGUGUUCUAUAAGGGAAUAACAUAUGGAGACGGCGAAACGAUGACCAUAUCUCUAAACCGUUUCGACACGUUUCACAUAAACCAGGUUUCAACGAACGCCGAUUUCACCGGCAGCCAUAUUGUUUCCAAUAAACCAAUCGCUGUCUUCUGCGGGAACUACAAAAUCACAGUCCCGCUCAGCUCGGGGAGUUCAGACCAUCUCGCCGCGCAAAUGACGUCACUUGACACGUGGGGGAUGACCUUCUCUUUCGUCAGUACACCGUCGAGAGGCGUCGGAGACUUGUGUCGGGUGCUGGCUUCCGAAGACAACACGACGGUAACAGUUAGCGGGAUGUCUCCUCAAAUGAUCGCUCUCGCUGGGGAUUUCCUGGAACUGGACUUUGCCACCGACGACUUUAAGACGAUAGCCGCAGACAAACCGGUUUUGGUGGCAGCAUUUUCUAAGACCUACCAAAACGAUGGAUUCCAGUUAGGCGGAGAUCCGUCGAUGUCUCUCGUCGUUCCUAACAGACAGUUUGGUUCGGAUUACACGUUCAGCACCGUGGAGACUCCUUCCGGGGAGUUCUACAACUACCUCACCGUCACCAUUGAGGACGUCCGCAAAUCUGGUCUCAGGAUUGAUGACGCCGAACUGGGCGCGAUCGCAUGGAAGGGUAUCCCGGAUUCCGGUGGUAUGGUGGCAGGAACUCUGACCUUUGAACCCGGCGCUCAUAACAUCUAUCAUGUUGACCCUACAGUUGUGUUUAUGGCGAUGGCAUCAGGAGUCGCGCAGCUGAACUCGUACAAGUAUGCGGCUGGGAUGCGUUUGGCGCAUAUUAAUACGGUUUGUUCAACGACAACGCCUGUUGCUGGUGAUAUCAUUGACAACGACUGCGACGGCAAAAUAGACGAAGAAACAAACAACGGCAAUAUUUCAGAUGAUGACGGAGAUGGGCUAAUUGAUGAAGACUUGGCAAUGCCACCACGAAGUGACGGUAGCUGGGGUGAGUGGCAGUCGUGGGGAACUUGUUCUUUGACGUGUGGCAUUAUUUCCGGUCUGAGCACGCGAAUAAGAAAUUGUGACAACCCGGCACCUGUCAAUAAUGGACUCUAUUGCGCCGGAAACGGAACUGAAAACCAAACAUGUGUGCCAUCUACAGCGAACUGUCCAAGUUAGUAUCUGUCUGUAAUAUAUUUCUUCAACUGGAGCAGUCAUUUGAAGUAUAAGAAUAGCUUAUAACUAUAUAUGGCUAUAGUAGUGUUCUAUCAUUUUGAACCAGUAAAAUAUAUUUAACCUUUAGAAGACAAUAAAGGAUAUAUAGCAAUUACACGAUGCGUGAGCCGAAAUGAUGUGAGAAAUUUUUUAUAUUUACCCC